UCAGAAUAUCCCUUCGCCACCUGAUUCCGUCGCUGCUGCGCAGCCGCGCGCGAAGUUCCGCAGCCCGACGCGGGCCCGAGACCGCCCGGCAGCCGCUCGCCAUCUUCACCCGGCGCCAUGGCCGCGGCUGGCGGGCUGGAAGCCGUGUGGCGGUGCCCGCUCCUCGAUCUGCUUUUGCUUCUGCUGGUUGCGGGCCCUACCCUGUGCUGGAACGACCCUGACAGAAUGUUGUUACGGGAUGUAAAAGCUCUUACCCUCCACUAUGACCGAUAUACCACCUCCCGGAGGCUGGAUCCAAUCCCACAGUUGAAAUGUGUUGGAGGCACUGCUGGUUGUGAUUCUUAUAUUCCCAAAGUCAUACAAUGUCAGAACAAAGGCUGGGAUGGUUAUGAUGUACAGUGGGAAUGUAAGACUGAUUUAGAUGUUGCAUACAAAUUUGGAAAAACUGUGGUGAGUUGUGAAGGCUAUGAGUCCUCUGAAGACCAGUAUGUACUAAGAGGUUCCUGUGGCUUGGAGUAUAACUUAGAUUAUACAGAACUUGGCCUGAAGAAAUUGAAAGAAUCUGGAAAACAACCUGGCUCCUCUUUCUCAGAUUAUUAUUAUAAGUUACACUCUGCAGAUUCCUGUGGCCUUGGUGGAUUGAUUACCAUCGGGGUGCUACUUACGAUUGCCUUUGUAAUUUAUAAGUUGUUCCUCAGUGAUGGUCAGUAUUCUCCUCCACCAUAUUCAGAGUAUCCUCCGUAUUCCCAGCGUUACCAGAGGUUCAGCAGCUCAGCAGGCCCUGCUCCCCCAGGCUUCAAGUCUGAGUUCACAGGACCACAGAAUACUGGCUACGGUGCAACUUCUGGUUUUGGGAGUGCUUUUGCAGGACAACAAGGAUCUGAAAAUUCAGGUCCAGGGUUCUGGACUGGCCUGGGAACAGGAGGAAUACUAGGAUAUCUGUUUGGCAGCAAUAGAGCAGCAACACCUUUUUCAGACUCAUGGUACUACCCAUCUUAUCCUCCUUCGUACUCCAGCACAUGGAAUAGUCGUGCUUACUCACCACUUCGUGGCAGCUCAGGGUGCUAUUCAGCAUGUUCAAACCCAGAUACAAAAACCAGAACAGCAUCAGGAUAUGGUGGUACUAGAAGACGAUAAAGUAGAAAGUUGAAGUCAAACACUGGACAUAAAAUUUUUGAUUUCUCAUAACAUUCUCUUUAAAAAAAAGUGCUAUCUGCUAACAACUGGGGAAAGGGAAUAUCCAAAAGUUCUGUGAUGUUUUGUCCUGUACAAAUUGUAUUAACUUGUGACUAAGAGUUGAAAUGCAACAAAAUGUUUAUGUAUUACAUGUUAGUGUAAUAUGUGCAUGUGUAUUGAGGUUUUUGUAAGCGAUGAUUGCUGUGGAAUGCUGAAAGUGUGUUGUUUAUUUAUGAAACAUGUGAUGCCAUCGGAGGAAUUAAGAAUGAAGGCGUUAUACCAAUAGAAGCUGAGUACAGAAAAUUUUGAGCUUAGGCAAUGAGUCUUUACCUCACAGAAAUACUAUUCUGUUUGGCAUUGUGCUAUUUGGUGUUGCUGUUCUUGAGACAUUUAAGCCAAGCGUUGGACACUAACAGUGCUAAUUCGCGGGUUCUAGGGUUCCAGUCAGUCCUGUGCUCCAGAGCUUUGCAUCCCCCUCCGGCGGUGAGCCUUACCUUUUAUGGGAAAAGGUGUAAAAUAAGCAUCUGCACGGUUGUUGCGAAUGUUGUUUGCUGACAGAAAUGCUUGAAACCUCCAUGUUUCUUCACUUCCCAAGAGGGAAAGUUCAAAUGCCUCAACAAAGGUCUUUUAAUAGCAAAAGCAUGCAGUGCUCUGUGGAAUUUCAAAUGUUGUCAUAGUCUGUUUCAGUCUUACAAUAACACGACAAUAAAUAAAAACAAGAGGUGUUAUUCUCAUUCUUUCUGUUAGUCUCUGCUGGCAUGAAUUAUUGUGAUUUUUUAAAAAACUCUUUCGCCCAGAGGGACGGAGUUCACGAAGAAGUUGUUUCCCUGAAUAAGAAUCUCAUAUGGUAAUCAUAGGUGAGGUACCAGUCAUUGGAACUGUCUUCAAAAAGUAACUUAGGGAUGAUCUGGAAGCCUCUGUUAAAAACUGCAUUUAAAAAUAACUGCAUCUCCAUAUCCAGUUCUUCCAACCCAUCACAGACCACCUGCAUUGUAAUCUGAGAGCUUCCUUUUACAUUUUAGGAACCGAUUUAAAACAAAAUCCUUGUUGAGACCUUAAAAUGUAACUUAGUGGGUAGUUGUCAAAGGUAUUGUGAACAGAAUCCUUUAUCAGUAAAACUCAUAGAAAUUUUAAUUUGUUUCACAGAAAUGUGCUUUUUUUCCCCACUUUUGGUGCCCUUACCACAUUUCUCCUUAGUAGAACGAUAUGGGAAAAAAGAGACUUCAGUUUGUUUCCUUUUUCUGUGUUUGUUUACUGUUUUUGGUUUUAGUUUAUUAUUUACUACAGGAGUUGAUAGUCUUGAAUCAAGUGUGCUUUCCUUGCAGAGUUAAGUUAAAAAAAAAAUGUGUUAACUGAAAGCUUCUGUAGAUUGGGCCCAUGAAAGUGAUCUGCAUAUUAUAUUUGAUGGUCUCAAAAUGGCUAGGCUAGCUUGUAUUUCUGGACAUACUAUUGUAGGUCAUUUGGGAUCUUAAAAAAUGAGUAAAUAUAAAGAGAGUGGACUGAAUUGGUGACUUCUGACUGCUGGGGAGCUCUUGGGGUAUACUUUUAGAGGACUCUUGGAGGGAAGGGAAGGAAAGAGGCAGGGGGCUCAUUUUAUCUGUUGCAGAUAACAUAUCUGUUUUCUGCUAUGCUUCUUUAGCAUUUAUGGAAUGAUUCUGAGAAUCAGCACCUAAGACUUUUAAGAGGAUAAAAUACAGUACAGCUAAGUCUCAUUAAUUCCCAAAUAAGGAUUGCUGCCAGUGGACACUGGGGUACCUCAGUGGGAACUUGGUGUCCCUGGUUAGAAAGACAUAAAAAGGAGAAUGAAGAGGUGAAAGGGAACUGAACACAAGCUUUGUAGUUUGAUUUGCAUGGGAGUUAAGUAGGAUCUUUUGGGUACUAGGAUGAGGUUGCUGGUAUUACAUCCAGUUAGGGAUAUUCCUAUUAUUUCAAGCAGGCUUCUGUCUAAAACUUCUUAUCUACUGCAUUUUGAGCCCUAUCCUUCAAGACUGGCUUAGGUUUACCUAUUGUCCUUCAGCAACGUGCCAUUCACACCAUGGUGUUUAG